AUGGCCAUCAGUAGCGUAGUGGCCUACAAUGCGGCCGUCUUCGUCGGCACCCUCUUCCUCCUUGAGGCCGGCGCCGACAAAUUCGUGGACCACACGGCCAUCGUCGCUCGGCGCACCGGCAUCCCGGACACCCUUAUCGCACUAAUCACCGCCGGCGCCGAGUGGGAAGAACUUGCUGUGGUUGUCAGCGCGUUGGCGCAAGGCCGCGCCUCGCUCGCCCUCGGGAACAUUGUCGGCUCAGCCAUCUCCAACAUCCUCGGCGCCUUUUCGCUAGGUCUCCUUUUCCGCAAGCAGGGCGAUGCGGUGCAAUUUGAUCUUAGCGCUCGCAUCUACUCGCUGCUGUUGCUCGGCGUGACGACCGCCAUCAUCCCAGUCACGUACAUGCCGCGUGAGCUCCUUUGGCGAGUCACCGGCAUCGUCUUGAUUGUCACAUUUGCCGUCUAUCUACUCUCAAUAGGAUGGGCAAUCAGCCGGGGAACGCUCGUUGCACCGGAAGGCUCAGACAGCGAUAGCUCCAGCGAUGAAGAUGAUACCUCAUCCAUUUCUUCAGACUCCUCCAUUUCUUCUCGAGGAAACAGCCGCGCUCCUAUAUCGCCGUCACAAGCUGAAACACAGAUAACCGACGUAGAAGGCGAGCAACAACCCCUCCUCCGUCCCUCGGAACGGUUUUUAGGCCGCCGCCGCGGGUUAAUCUACCACAUCGCCAACCUCAUCGCUGGCAUCCUCGCCAUCUGCCUAUCAGGCUACAUCCUCUCCCACGCAGCAACCAACAUCUCCGACGCCCUUGGCGCCUCCGAAGUCCUCUUCGGCAUCGUCGUCCUCGCCAUCGGCACAACCCUGCCGGAGAAGUUCAUCGCCGUGCUCAGCGGGCGGCGCGGGCAUGCUGGCAUCCUGGUUGCUAAUACAGUGGGCAGCAACGUCUUUCUGCUGACGCUGUGUCUGGGUAUCGUCAUGGUGGGCACGGAAGGGGCGCUGGGGAGCGCGGGGAGCGUAUCAGGCGCUGAGUUGGCUGUUCUUUGGGGUAGUACUGCCUUGUUUACGGGGUCGAUGUGGUUAAGUGGGAGUGUUCAGCGGGUGGUGGGUGGUAUUAUGUUGAUUGGAUAUCUUGGGUUUAUUGUUGCGGAGUUUACUGUGUUGCGUAGAUCGGGAGACUCGUAG